GUUAAAUGCAUUGUCAGUCAUUGAAAAGAUGAAAUAAAGCUCUAGAUAUAUAUAAUCUGUUCGAGCACAAAGGAUUCAGCUAAUGGAAAGAAAGAAUAUUCGAUGCGAGUUGUAUAUUCGGCAAAUUCACACGUUCGGAACAAAAAAGGUGACAUUUUCUAACAUUUUGUUUUUAUUGGCCGCACUAUGAAGAAAGGACCUUUUCUAAGGAGUGUUCUGGUGCGCAAGCGCAUGGAAAAAGGAGAACUGAAAUACACCAUCGUCGAAUCUACCGUUCAAUCUGUCAACGAAUGAAGAAGUAAUUUGCAAGUUUGCGGAAUUCACUAAACACACAGUGCGCUAUGCGAUGAGUGGAUCCUCCGUUCCGCUACAGGAUGCACCUGCCGAAAUGAACAGACAAAGCAGAACGGCAGCUGGGCAAGCGUAAACAAAAUUGGUAUAGUGCAACAGUCCAACAAACGACAUGAAGCGACAAAACAUUCGCACACUUUCGCUCGUUGUGUGCACAUUCACUUAUCUAUUGAUAGGGGCAGCCGUAUUUGAUGCACUGGAAUCAGAAACCGAAGCUCGACGAUGGGAGUUUUUAAAAAGCGUAAAGGCGAACUUUGUCGCUAAGUAUAAUAUCACACCGGAGGAUUACCAUAUGAUCGAAAUAGUGAUCACGGAAAACAAACCGCACAAAGCGGGACCCCAGUGGAAGUUUGCCGGUGCCUUCUACUUCGCCACGGUUGUCCUAGCCAUGAUUGGUUACGGCCACUCGACGCCGGUCACUAUCGGCGGGAAGGCGUUCUGCAUGGCGUACGCGAUGGUCGGCAUUCCGCUGGGGCUCGUCAUGUUCCAAAGCAUUGGCGAACGUUUGAACAAGUUUGCCUCGGUUGUAAUUCGCCGCGCGAAAAAAUAUCUGCGCUGCCAGCAAACGGAAGCUACCGAGAUGAACCUGAUGCUUGCAACGGGAUUACUUUCGUCGGUUAUUAUUACGACCGGAGCGGCUGUGUUUUCACGCUACGAAGGAUGGAGCUAUUUCGACAGCUUUUACUACUGCUUUGUAACACUGACGACGAUCGGCUUCGGUGACUAUGUGGCGCUACAAAACGACCAAGCACUAAUCAACAAGCCUGGCUACGUAGCGCUCAGUUUAGUCUUCAUUCUCUUUGGGCUUGCGGUGGUAGCGGCCAGCAUUAACCUGCUGGUACUUAGAUUCAUGACCAUGAAUGCCGAAGAUAUUCGACGCGAGGAAGCUGAGAUGCAAUCUUCGGUCGAUGGGCUGACAACGUACGAAUGUGAAUCGACCGGAAAGCUGCUUUCCUGUGCGAAUCUGAACUACUGUUCCGAGAUCGAGGAGGAAGACACAUCGGUCUGUUCGUGCACUUGUCUCGGGGGCAACAGUUUCACUACACACGAGCACGAGUUUUUACUUGAUCAGGGAUAUCAUCCUGCCGAUAUCAUUACAAGUACUAUCAGCCUUAAGCGCAUGUCGAUCUAAUUAGCAAACUCCAACAAUUACAGCAAUACACACCAGCAAAGAAAGUAUUUAGAUAGAGCAAAAAAAAAAAGGACAAUGAGAUGAGAACCGCGGUGAUGUUUUGCUUUUCGCAUAUUUCAUGCAGGAUGUCCAGGUAGAGUUGUAGCUAGAAUCGAAAAAGGUUUUUCCAUUUCGUUCGUGCCAAAAAGUGUUACCACCAUGUGUCCAAAACGAUUUUUUACUUUAUCAUUAUAAUUUUCUCUUCAUUACAAUUUUUUUUUUCCUAUAUAAAAUCCAUUUAAUUAGAGUAACUGCUCCAGUUUUCGACAGGUGUUUAAUUAAAGCCAAAUUAUACACAAAUGCGAUAUAAGAUGAAGCCAAACGAAGUUUGAAGACUUAAAAACCAAUAGAAUUUCUCCAAAUAUGAUGUUUCGCAGCAUUUACAUCAAUAUUUACUAAAAUAUCGCAAUUCUCAUAGUGUUAACGAAAUUUCGUUCAAAUUACGGUCAGUCGAUAAUUCGGCAGGCACUGGAAAUUAGAAGUCAGUGCAUAAAACAAUUGAGUUUAGAACUUUUCUGAAAGAUAAAAUGGUUUAAAAAUUUAUACUCUUUCUAACUCUUUUUUUAUCUCUCUUAUUCUGCACCCCGUCACUAAACGCUUAGCAAUUGUCGCGUUUGUGAACGCGAUUUAGAUUUUUUUUUUCAAAACUCCAUAUAAAAAAUGUGUUUUUGCACGUACAAAAUAUACGUGUAUUUUCAGCGAAAAAACGUAACGGCGUAAAGCGUAAUUGCGGCCAGGAUAGCUCGAUUUUGCUAGCAAUAAGAAGGUAAACAAAUACAAAUUCAAAAAUUA